ACGAAGCUAGGCGUAGUUUCAUAAGCAAGUCGACGCUCGACUUGCUAGCACGUCAGUCGUCGCGAUCAAAAAUAACGGGUGUUAUUAACGGCUGUGAAUUCAGGCAAAAGUUAACUGUGUUUAUAUCGUGAUAUAAGUUCUAAAUUGACCAAAGUGCUUGUGAUUCUGUGUGAUAAAUCCCCCCGGAACUUUUAGGUUAUCUGAUACAUUGGUGAUUAAAGAUAUCCGUAUAAACACAGCAAAUUGAAGAUAACGAUAUCAGAUAUAAACCUUCGAAGCCUGUUUAUAAAAUGUGACAUAAAGAUGGCAGCCACUGACGGGCAAGUCGUAGUUGCUGCAUCGCGCUGGUCUGAGGAAGGCCUCUACCUCCGCGAGUUCGUCGUCAAGAACCGCCUCCCAAAUGUCGCCAAGAUCAUCAAAGGACAGUAUGGAGGGCUCGGCGUGCCCACACUGCCUAGCCCGGGCCUGCAGAGCACAGCCCUUGUUGUCUCAGCGGGAAAGAGAAAGAAAAUCAUCGCUCAAGCCAUCAAAUUGAAAGAAGGCAGACGCAUGGUCAGCAUUGGGCCAAGAAUCGCCAUCCCGGAUACGUAUAAAGGGUAUUUCGAACUACUCAGUGAAGAAGGCAGGGCUGUGAGGUGUAUAGAGUCAGUAUCGGAGCUAGCUAGACGAAAACUAGACGAUGGGUGCUUAGUGAGAGAACCAGUGAGGGUAAUAUGCGCUAAAACAGAUUUAGAUGGUAAUAUAACGGCUGAUGGCGCGAGAAAUCUACCAGCUGGUGAGGUCCUGAUGCCGCGAGGGGAAGCUUUUUUAGGGAAGAGUAAAUAUUUGAAAUGCACCGACUCGAAAGGUGAUACGGUAUUGUUAAGUUUGGAUCAGCGGGGAAAGUUCUCGGCCAUUGCUAAAGAAGAAAACAUAAGUGGCGUUCACACAGCUAAGACUUUAUUGACUAAACGUUUGCCAAUAACAGUAAGAUUAGUUCACGGAACGCCGCCGAGAGGCUUGAAAAGUGCCAGUCAUUUCGUACCAGAGAUACGACUCCUGUCUAUAUUCGAAGAAGACCAUGUCUUCGCAUUGCCUUUGCAGAAAGAAGGCAACUCACUCAUUGCUCUACCUCUAGCGGCGCCAUUGAAAAUGCUAAGGUGCAAGAACGAGGAGCAAAUAAAGAACUUCAUGGAGUUUUCGAGGCUGGUUGAAAAGUGCAAUCGAUUAUUAAUAGACGUAGUUGAUAGAAUCCACGUGUUAGACGGAAAACUUGGUGAUCCUAAGAGGCUCUUGAACGCGCCACUUCACGCACCACCGCUUAUCAAAACUGGCUACUUCUUACGACGAAGCGCUUCCUCCGAUUCAGCUAAUCACCACAAGCACAUGAACAAACACAACCAUAUUUACAGCAGUCAUGGAGACGAAAAUAGCAUCCCCGAUGAGUACGACGAAAUAGAUCAAAUCUACGAUUACGUACGGGGUUUUGCCCCGCUGCCGAAGACUAUAAAAGCUUCAUAUUGCAAUGAUAUAUCGCGUCACGAAUCCGCACCGUCAUCGCCCGCCCCAACUCCUAUACAUAUGCCUUUAAUAACCGAAAUAAAGCCAGAACCACCGCCCAUAGAGACGAUACCGACAAAGAAACCGCUCAACCAAAAAGCAGAGAAGCGAACUCGUAAAAUCGCCAUAACACCCACGCCGAUAAAGGAAAAAGCAUUAGCGCCAGUACCGAAUUUACCUAAGCUAUAUAUUAAAAACAAUGUGAGCAACACAAAGAAUAGAAUGUUGUUCACACAAAAGAGUCACUCGCCAACAAAAGAGACCCCUAGUCCUGUUACUAGUCCAAUAAGACCGUUAACUAAAGGUGAUUCGCCGAUAUUUAAUAUACGAUACAAAAGUCUGUCAAACAUUCACCAAGCUAUGGAGUUAGAUGGUACUCUGGACUCCAGCCACUCCGGCGGGAGAACGUCUGGUGAUUCUGGCAACGGGCCGAAGUUGCCAGAAAAACGAUCGCGCAGACUGAGCAGGCCGAAGUCGUUGACGAAUUUAGUGUGGGAGCUGAAGGGCUGUCCCGUUGAAACGAAUGAGAAACCAAAAUGUAGGGUUAAAAACGAAGGUUACAAGAAACUUGGGAACAAGUUGUCUCUGGGAGCGCAAAAGAGAGUCCCGACGCUGUAUCUUUAGUUAUUCUGGUCCACGCUGUCAUAGACGACGCGUCAUCGAGCGGGAUAACAAGGACGAUACUAAGGCUAUGAGUACAUCGAGAUUUGUAUCUGUGGAAAUUUGCAACAACCAUGCAGACAGAGCCUUAACCAUAUGUGUUUAACAAUACUAUGAUUAAGGCUAUACAAUAAUAUACUAGCGAUGAUGUUUUAGUUAGCUUCCUGUCUAAAAUCUUUUAAAUGACGAAUUGAAUUUAUAUUCAAUAUUGCUAUUAAAAAAAAUUAUGUAUAAAAAUUGUAAUUGGCUUUAUACAUUCAUACGACUAUAAAAUUAAAUCCCUAUUAAGUAUGUAUGAGUUAAAACGGAUAAUAAAAUCAUAUCGGAGUUAUAUAAACUUAUUGAACCGUAAUAACGAAUACGUGUCCAAGAUUAAAAGGGAAACGCGCAUAAAACGUUACGUUUUUCACAUCGUUUGUAUCUAGCCUUAAAAUCGAACAUGACAUUUCACAGAAAGGCCUAAAGAAUACCCAAAUUGACAUGAACUGUCAAAUAAUAAAAUCAUUUACAUAUUCAUAUUUAGAAUCUUAAAUAUUUAAAAAAAUAUUAAAUAUGAAAGAGGUCUGACUUUAAUGAAAGAAAAAGAAAUGAUCGAACAGAAGCUACUUGCUUCAACGACACUAAAAUAUGACGGUUCAAAAAAAAAACCAAUAUGGCCGGUAAUACAUUUUGAUCUCUUAAUAAUAAUUACUAUUUAUAUUAAUGCCAUAUUAAGGUAAAGCUUCGGUGUUCUUAGCGUUAAGAAUUAUCCUAAAUACUUAGAAAUAUUCCUUUUAAAUGUUUAAUCGUGUUUUCGAAAUACCAAAAUCUUGAGGUGCCUUACUAUAUUAUGAUAAAUUGAAAUCACCCUUUCGUCUAAUCUUAUUAAUAUUAAAUUAAAUGAGUCACAAUUUUAUAGUUAUAAUACUUCAAUAUGCAUUUAUGGUAUUUUAAACAAUUAUAUUUUAAGAGGUUAUUACAGAUUUUGAUAAAAUUAUCUUCAUUUCACCGUAAAGAAUACAAAUUUUAUCAAAAUCUAUAAAAAAACUGUUUUAUCUAUUAGAAGUUAUACAAUGAUAGUUUUCUUGGAGGUUCAAAUAUUGUAAUUAAUUAUUUUUUUGAAUCUUUAACAAAGUUAUCGUUUUUAUUUCCAUUCUGUUAUAUUUUGUUAGUUGUGGUCGUAUUAUAUUGAUUUGGCAAUAAUAUUCAAGUUUGUAUGUGUUUAGAGACAUAAACAAUUGUCUUAGCAUUACGUAUUUUUAUAAAUCGUACUAUAGCGAGCCUUUAGACUUUUUAUGAAUAACACCGAUACACUUUAUUUUUAUUAAUUGGUCGGUAAAUCCUUUUCUUUAUUAAUAUGAUAAUUUCGAAAAUGUGUUUUUUUUGUCUAAUUCUUUCACUUUAUGAUAUGAUUUUUGUGUCUGGAGAUAGUUGUGACAUAAGCUACUCUUUAUCAAAAUGAAAUAUCUAAUUUCCAUUUUGAUACAUUUAAAUCUGAAAAUAUGCUUUGUAUUAAUUGAAUAUUAUUAUCAAAUCAAAUCAAACAGGUGCAUAAAUAUAAAAACAAGGAAAAUAUCACAAAAAUAAUUUUUGUACUCCAAAUAUUCUGUAGGAUAAGUCCUCUGAUUUAAUUACCUACUUUUUAUAUUUACCUGUCAUUAGAAUAAGUUUUGAAUAGUCUCGAUAUUGUAAUACUUGAAUAAAUAAACAGAAAUUCAAAUUA